UCCACGGCGUUGACUAACCGCCUCUAAAUGGUCUUCAUCCCGAACUGUGCGUCUGUCUGCGGAGACUUGGUGUUUAUCAGUCUGCUGUGACAACCAGCGACCAGCGAAGCGUCGUCCAGACUCAGGCCGGUCUCCAGCUGCUCUCCUCCAACCAUCUCAGCUUAUUAAGGGAAGAGAAAAACCCUGAAAAAUGGGUAAAGAUUACUACAAAACGCUGGGCAUCUCCAAAGGAGCCACGGAGGAGGACAUAAAGAAAGCGUACAGAAAACAGGCGCUGAAAUGGCAUCCGGACAAAAACAAGUCUGCAGCCGCCGAGGAGAAAUUCAAGGAAAUCGCCGAAGCAUAUGAAGUCCUGAGUGAUCCGAAGAAACGGGAGAUAUACGACCAGUACGGAGAAGAAGGUCUGAAAGGAGGAAGCGGACCCACCGCCGACGGACAGGGCAGCACCUUCACCUACACCUUCCACGGGGAUCCUCACGCCACCUUCGCCACCUUCUUCGGAGGCUCCAACCCCUUCGAGAUGUUCUUCGGGCGCAAAGCGAACGGGCGGGACGACGAGGACAUGGAGGUGGACGGCAACGACCCCUUCGGCUCCUUCACCAGCUUCAACCUGAACGGCUUCCCCCGGGACGGACACGUGGGCCUUGGAGGGCAGCAGCGCCGGAAGCAGGACCCGGCCAUCAUCCACGAACUGAGGGUCUCCCUGGAGGAGGUCUUCCACGGCUGCACCAAGAGGAUGAAAAUCUCCCGCAAACGCUUGAAUCCCGACGGCAGGACCAUGCGAAACGAAGAUAAGAUCCUCACCAUCGAGAUCAAGCGGGGCUGGAAGGAGGGAACCAAGAUCACGUUUCCUCGGGAGGGGGACGAGUCGCUGAACACCAUUCCUGCCGACAUUGUUUUCGUCAUCAAGGACAAACCGCACCCCCACUUUAGGCGGGAAGGAUCCAACAUUGUGUAUCCUGUUCGCGUUAGCCUACGACAGUCGCUGUGCGGAUGCUCGGUUACCGUGUCGACGAUAGACGGGAAGACGUGCAACAUGAAGAUCACGGACGUCAUCAAGCCCGGCAUGAGAAAAACUGUCGCCGGGCAGGGCCUCCCCUUCCCCAAAAACCCCGAGCAGAGAGGAGACCUGGUGGUGGAGUUUGACGUGAACUUUCCCGAGACGUUGCCCGGCAACGCCAGGGACGUCCUGAAGCGGCAUUUACCGGCUUAAUGGCGACGGACUGAACAGCCCUCGAUAACGCUCCCACAGAAACGCACUCCCACAAGGACAGCUCUGACAGUUCACAGAUUGAGCCCCAACUGACGAAUGUGCAAUUUCUAUUCUUGAGCUAUUUUGGUGUUUUUUUUAUAAAUGCCAUGCAUGCUGCCAAGUUGAUACAAGUGCAAGCAAAAGACUGUUUGGACUGUUGAUAUCUGAAAGUUGUAUGUACGUGGGCCUUUGCCAUAAUCACUAUCUUUCUGUUUGUUGGAAAUAUUUGUCUGUGAAUGAGUAUACAGUUGCCAAAAAAAAAAACAACCAUCCCAUAGAUCCUGGGAAAAACUUUAGUGCCAAGCAAUCCAUUUUCUGGCUCUUAUUUAGAUUUUACAGGACGAAUUAUUGACACUUUAUAUCGCCGUUUUUCACAUUUUAUUUCGUCACGAUUAGCUUUCACUUUGGAGGCUGUCUUACGAUCUGCGUGCGAGCAAUUCAAGAGGAAAGCGGUGGAAUGAACUGGUGCAGUGUGUGCAUUUUACUAAUUUGUGAAGAUGUGAAGAAUUUUAAAAUAAAUAUUUCCACACGAACUGAUCUUGAGCUGUUUCAGUCAUGGAGGUGAAGAAUCCUCCUCCAUGAAACCAAACAGUGUGUUAACUUUAAAAUCGCUUUAAAAAAUUGCUAAAUGCUGCUUUUAGGGGUUAUUUAUAGUCUGUGUAGCAACAUUUCACACAACGGGGCUCUCUGCAGCGCCUGGAAAUUCUAUAUUUUGAUAGUCAAAUGUGAAUAUUUUGUCGUUGUAAAGCUUCUACGGUAACAUUUUUGAUGUGCAAAGAUCAAAAUUAAAAAUAUCUUGACUGAAA